GGGUAAAAAUGCAUAUAUAAUACAAUUGUAAAAUAAAUAAAUCAUAAGUAUGCAUUUUUGACAUACUUUUGCACAUCUGCGGUCCCUUCCAGGGUUUCACGUUGUUCCCAUAGGGUUGAGUUUUUGUCUUGCCCUGAUGUGGGAUCUGAGCCGAGACAUUUGUGAUUAAGGGCUAUAUGAGUCAAAUUUGGUUGAUUGAUAAUUGUUGUAAAAUACAAAAUACGGCUUUGUAGUCGCCACAUUGAAAGUCAAUUGCUGUAUUUGUGAGAAUAGGGAGUUUGAAAUUUUUUUCUGCUCCUAUUCAUUCAUAAUUUACUUUAGAGUUAUGUUGGUUGUUUUAUUUUUAUUUUUUUUAUUCUUGUUUGAUUUUUAUGAAUGGGAAAAAAAAUGAACUGAACUAAUAUAUAUUUUUUAUUUGUCAGGGACAAUGCAGCGUACAUUAUUGUAUUCCGACACGUGACUUCUUCCUGGAAGUUUAAAACCACUGGUGGUCAACCAAACCAAGAUGGCUGUUGUACAGCAAGCAGCAUGCAAACUAUCUGGGUACAAAAGAGGCUUACAUCUUCCUGCAAAAAGCAGAUACGAGCAAAAAAAUCAAACUAUGCAAUGGAAUUGAUCCCUAUACUUUAUCAAAAAAGAUUUGUUGAGUGAUAUUCUGGGUUAUUUGUCGGUCGCGUUCCCAAACAUAUCGAACUAUUGUACUCCAGGCGCCAUUCUACGUGACAAAACAGAUAGAAACUUGGAAAAGCAUGUAGGUCUACAACUUCUUUGUUUGCGCCGUUUACAAGUAGCGUGUUUUCCCCUGUCUUUAUCAAAAUAAAACUAUAAAUGUCAACAUUGUGUAUGUGCUGAAAGCUUUAUUUAUGAUUGUUGCCUUUGGUAAAAGCUUAACUCUUUUAGGUUUUGGCUCACAGUUGCUUUCUUUUAUUUAGACACGAGUUGGUGCUUUUCGAAACACUCGUGGCAAACAUGUGUUUAAGAAAUACAAAUAAUAUCAAGAUAAUACUAACAUGGAAAAUAAUAACUGUUAAAAGUAUAUCAAACAAACCUUUAUUGAAGUGAUCACUGCAAACUCAUGCAUUCUUUUCCUCUGCUCCCUUUGAACUGAAGUGUGAGCUGCAUGCUUGUCGUUGUUUCGUAAAAUCUUGCACUCUUCCGCCCUUUUUGAUAACCUCUUGAGGAAGUCUGAAAAAACGUUUAUCAUUUUCGCGAUUUGAAUGAUUCGUGCAGCCGAAAAUAACACAGGCAUAGGGCUUUUUUUUUUUGAGAAAGGCUAAAUGGUGCCUAGUACCAAUUGAGAACAGAGCUAGCUUGACCACCACACAUAUUUAAUGGUUGGGAUGGGAGUCGGAUGUGACAUCAGUAAAAUCCAAGCAAUUGCUUAAAUUAAUCAAGCCAAUGCCAUAAUGAUAUGUGUACAGUACAUACAAUAUUAUGUAAGGUUUUUAGCCAGUUGGCUAGUUUGCAACCCAAGGCCCUGAACUGCCUUGAAUAUUAUAUGUAUAUUAAAUGUGUAGACAUUGGGCGUCUCAUAGUACUUUUUGCUUUCUUUUUUCAGUCCUCCAGGAGGUGGACCUCCAUAGUAAGACCAAUAAUGAGGAGCACCACACAAGUGAACUCUCUGAAGAUAAGCUGAUCGUGCGGAGAGGACAGUCCUUUAAGAUGACCGUGAAACUUACAAAGCCUUUUAAGCCCGACCUUCAUUCCCUCUUGCUCACUGCCACAACUGGUGGGGCCCAGGGAGAGUACUCCUCUGAGGACCAGGGCACCUUGUCACGCUUCGGUAUCCCAGACUACCCCGAUCGUUCACCUACAGCAAAGGCCAUUUGGACAGUCCAACUUCAUGACAGCUCCUCGCUGAUGUCCCUGAUCCUGCUCAUCACCCCACCGCCGGACACCCCCAUUGGAAAGUACACCUUGACAGGAAGUCUCUGGGAUGAGGAAAUACAGCUGGCCACGCUCGUGGUGCUCUUUAACCCCUGGUUCUCAGGAGACUCUGUUUUCAUGUCUGAUAAAUUGGAGAGACAAGAGUAUGUGAUGAAUGAACAAGGAGUGAUUUACAGAGGAAGUACAAAUUACAUCUCUGGAAUGAACUGGGACUUUGGCCACUUUGAAGACGAUAUGGUGGACAUUUGCCUCAUGAUUUUGGACAAGAACCUCAACUACACAAACAACCCAAGCAAAGACCUCGCCUCUCGUGGCAGCCCCAUCUACAUUAGCCGCGUGGUCAGCGCCAUGAUCAACAAUUUCGAUGACCCUGGCGUCCUGCAGGGCAACUGGUCAGACUCGUUUGAGGGCGGAGUCUCCCCUUCCCACUGGAGCGGCAGCCAUGACAUUCUUUCUAAAUGGAUACAAAAUGACUGCCAACCUGUUAAGUUUGGUCAGUGCUGGGUGUUUGCUGGCGUGAUGUGUUCAGUCAUGCGGCUGCUGGGUAUCCCCACCCGUGUGAUCACCAACUUCCAGUCAGCCCACGACACUGAUGCCAACCUGACCAUCGACGUGUACCACCCGUUAGAAGGCGCCGAGCACAUCAAGUCAGACGACAGCAUCUGGAACUUCCAUGUGUGGGUGGAGUCAUGGAUGACGCGUCCCGACCUGAAUACAGACGGCAAAUACGACGGCUGGCAAGUGUUGGAUCCGACACCACAGGAAGCCAGCGAUGGCAUUUACCAGUGCGGCCCCGCCUCAGUCAUCGCCAUCCAUGACGGUGAAAUAAAUCUACCAUACGACAUCCCAUUUGUUUUCGCCGAGGUCAAUGCAGACUGUGUGGACUGGAUUGUUAUAUCAGACGGGACCAAAAUUUCCAUGUUUUCCGACACCAAGCGAGUUGGCAAGAAAAUCUCCACCAAGGUGGUGGGUUCCAAAGAGAGAGAGAACAUCACCCGCUACUACAAGCCCGAAGAAGGCUCCGAGGAGGAAAGGGCUGUCUUCAAGUAUGCCAUCAGCAAGGACGAAGAAAGUGACGACGAAGUGGACGCACCCAGGGAGAGCAUGACUGACUACAAUGCCUCACCGGAACCGCCCACCGUCUCACCGCCACUACUGGUCAUACACUUUGAGGAGCUGUCCAAGCCGCAGUACGGGGAGGAUGUGCGGCUGAAUCUGGUGCUAAGCAGCGAGAGCAAAGUGGAAAGGCAGAUGUCCCUUCGCAUCAGCGUGAAGGGAAUGAAGUACAACGGCACCUUGGUUCUCGUCAUCCUCAAUGAGACCAAGGAGGAGACACUGAAGCCUGGCAAAAAGCUGUCCAUCCCCAUCCUGAUCCCCUUCCAGACCUACUACAAGCACAUGCACGUGUGUGACAGCUUGAAGGUGACGGCCAUGGUCACAGACAUGCGACAUCCCGAUAAAAUCUACCUUGCAGAGGACAACGUGUUGCUGCAGGACCUCCCCGUCCACGUGUCGAUUUCCGGCUAUGUCACACAGCACCAAGAGGCGUCCGGAACAGUGUCUUUCGUGAACACCACCGCUGUGGCCAUGACGGGCAUGACGCUGGCUCUGUCUGGAAGUGGCCUCAUGAAGAAGGAGAUGGAAUUCUGGCUUCCAGAUUUGCCUCCCAAGAAUCGCAUCCGCGUCGGAUUCGUAUUCGUCCCCUAUCGGGCUGGAGAGAAGACGCUGGUGGCCGACAUUCACUCUUCCAUUUUUAAGGAUUUCAAGGGCAACUGCACCUUUAAAGUUAAUCGCCUUUAGAUGCCUAAAUUGGCCCUAGUGUGUGAAUGUGAGUGUGAAUGUUGUCUGUCUAUCUGUGUUGGCCCUGUGAUGAGGUGGCGACUUGUCCAGGGUGUACACCGCCUUCCGCCCGAUUGUAGCUGAGAUAGGCUCCAGCGCCCCCCGCGACCCCGAAGGGAUUAAGCGGUAGAAAAUGGAUGGAUGGAUGGAAGGUGCUUUGUCUCCAAAAGAGACCAGAUGUGUGUAGCUGGAUUGUAACAUGGUGCUUUGAAAGCAAACAUCAGCAGGAUAUGUCCUGCUUUGGCAUGCAGUUUGGUUGAAACAUCUCGAACACUGCUGGCUUACAUGAUAAUUAAAGUUAUUGACACUUGCCUACACGGAGAAGCUUGCAAUAAUAAAACAUUUGCUGGAAGUCAGUUUGGUGUUUCCACUAUGAUUCACUGCUUGUCCUCAUUCGGGUCAUGGGUGAGCGAGAGCGUAUCCCAGUUGAUUUAAGGUUUGUUUAAAAUAUGCGGUGAUAAAUGUAUUUGGCAAGAAACCCAUGCCAGAAGAUGCUGUCCCGCUACAGUCCUUUAGAUGGCGGUAAUACGCAAUGUAAACGCAGAGUUGUGUAUAAAGAGAGUAUGGCCAACUCUGGAUUUCCUCAAUGAUUGGUCAAAAGUCACUCAUGUGACUAACUCGUGGUAUUUUAAUGAAAAUGGGAAGAGGUUUAGCCAUGGUCAGGAAGUGCUCCACCUUCUUGACAUCCUCAACAAUGGGUCAAGUCAUACAGUCCUUGGUUUUCUGUCGUCUUCAUUACUGUCCUAUAAUAUGGUCCGCUAUGACUAAGUCUGACCUGAACAAACUGCGACUUGUUCAGAACAGAGAAGCUAGACUGGUACUUAAAUGUUAUUUGCACACUAAUAUUUCAUUUAUGCAUUCACGUCUGUCCUGGUUGUCAGUUGAACAAAAGAUGCAUUGUAGUCUCCUUAUGUUCUUCAGAACUAUCAUUUUAGAUCAAUCACCAGAUUACUUUUACAAACAGUUUUUAAAAUCAACUAACACACAUAUUCAUGACACUAGGAAUGCCAGAAAUGGGUGUUAGUCACUUUCUGCUCCCAGGACCAAUCUCCUCAAACAUAGAGUCAUGUAUAGAUCAG